AUGAUUGAGAAAGAAAUAAUAACAGAUAGUGGUAGAAUACCAUUGAAUCCUUUUGCGUACGGAGAUAAAAAAGAAAAGGAUUUGGUUAUAUUACUACUUUCUGAUAUUCAUUUGGAUCACAAAAAAAUUGAAAAACUUAAAGGAUGGCAUAAAGAUUACAAUAACGACAUAAUAGAUUAUGCAUUUAUUUUAGGUGAUUUCGAUAAUCUUUUCUAAGAUAAAAACAAUAUAGAUCUUAAUGAAUGCUGCUAAUCAGAAGCUCGUAUCACAAAUUUAUUAAAUUUUUUAGAGUUUCUAUCAUGCCCUCUUUUACUUAUACCUGGAAAUCAUGAUCCUUAAACGAUGUUUGAUGCACAUAAAAAAUCUUCAGAAUUACCUAGAAUGACACAGCAUUCAUUCAAUAUACAUAAAUAGGCUUUCUAAUUAAAUCAAACUUUAUCAGUAGUUGGUUUUGGAGGAAGCAUCCCAGGCUACUAAUUUCCUAAUGGAGUAAAAACUAAAUUGUGGGAUGGUUAUCCCUACGAUUCAGAAAAGGAAUUAGAAGAUGAUGCAAAUGAAUUCUUCAAAAAAUAAUUUGAAAAUGAACCAUAAAAGCAAUUUAUUCUUAUGACACACGUAGGUCCAUACAACUCUUCAACUACUAUUGUGAAAACAGAAUCUGUUAGUGAUUAACAUGUUUAUAGUGGCUCUGAAUAUUUGGAUAAAUUAUUGUAAAGCUACUCUUAACAAGUUAUAGUCAAUGUUCAUGGUCAUACUCAUGAUUCUCAUGGAAGAAAUAAUAUUUACAAAGUUCCUGUUGUUAACCCUGGUUCAUUAUUAGAUGGAAAUUUCUGUAAAAUAAAUUUACACAAAGACUCUGCUUCUCAAAAAUGGGUUUUGAGAUCUUCUCAUUUUAUAAACUUAAAUUCUUUCUGA